AUGACUCACCACGAAGAAACGCAUACGUCAACGAGCCAUUCACCCAACUCGUCUGUCACCCAUGUGCAGGUGAACGAAAAGCAGCCUGAUGGCUCGGCCGACCUCCCGGCGCUCGAACGGAUGGUGUCCAACGGACAUGGCGAAUCGGCGCUACCAGCGGAUAAGAUCGAGGAGGCUCUAGAGAACCUGGAGGAGGACUGGGAGGACGAUCCCGAGAAUGCGAGGAAUUGGUCGCACGGAAGGAAGUGGGCAGCUGUGUCAAUUGUCUCGGCAUACUGCUUCGUGUCACCACUAGCCAGCUCUAUGAUGGCCCCUGGUCUAGGAGAGGUAGCCCAGAGAUAUGGAAUUACAAAUCCGACCGUCAUCGCGAUGACCCUUUCUAUUUUCCUCCUCUCUUUUGCCAUUGGUCCCCUUCUUAUUGCGCCUCUGUCUGAAAUGUAUGGCAGGACAUGGGUCUUGCACAUUUGCAACCUCUUCACCAUGGCUUUCUGCUUCGGAUGUGCGUUCGCCCCGGACACGGGGUCGCUCAUCGCUUUCCGUUUCCUCAGCGGCUUCACUGGUAGUGCACCAGUAGCCUGUGGUGGAGGAUCGAUGGGAGAUCUCUUCGCGGAGCGCGAUCGCGCAAUGGCCAUGGCCUUGUUCAGUCUCGGACCCCUCAUUGGCCCGGUUGUAGGUCCCGUAGCAGGUGGUUUCAUCGCUCAAUCGGUCGGGGUCAAAUGGGUGUUCAUCGUUAUUGGCAUUAUGUGCGGCCUCAGCAGCGCAAUCGGCAUCCCGGUCCUCAAAGAGACAUACGCCCCGGUCAUCCGCCUGCGUCGCGCACAGAAGUCCGGCGACCUCGAGACAGCCGCGAAAGCCCACCCCCACCUACUCGCGGAGCACAGCAGCAAGCUGCACGUCCUUUGGAUCAACCUUGCCCGCCCGAUCACGAUCCUCUGCACUAGCUUUAUCUGCUUCGUCCUCAGCCUCUAUAUGUCAUUCAUGUACGGCAUUUUCUACCUCAUGUUCGCUACUUUUGCUGCUCUGUUUCGCAACACGUACGGCUUCAAGUCAGGUAUCGGAGGCCUCGCCUACCUGGGUCUUGGAAUCGGUUUCCUCGCAGCUACGGCUUUCGGUGCCAAGGUGGCCGAUGCGCUCUAUAAACGCCUUGCUGCGAAGAAUGGCGGCGUCGCUACCCCCGAGAUGCGCAUCCCUGCUCUCUUCUUCGGCGCUUUCUUCGUCCCCAUAGGCCUCUUUUGGUACGGAUGGUUAGCCCAAGCUAAGCUACACUGGAUCAUGCCCAUCAUUGGCUCUGGUAUCUUCGGUUUCGGAAUGAUGACUACGUUCCUACCGAUUAAUUUGUACCUCGUCGACUCAUUUACCUACGCUGCCAGCGCUACAGCUGCUUCCGCGCUUUUCCGAUCCCUCCUGGGUUUUGCCUUCCCUCUUUUCGGUUCGCAGAUGUUCGACGCUCUCGGUAUGGGAGGUGGCAAUUCGCUCCUCGCCGGUCUGUCUAUUGUACUCGGCAUUCCUUUCCCUAUCUACAUCUACUUCAAGGGAGCGGAACUGCGCGCGAAGAGUAUUCAUACUCGCGAGUCGACGGUCCCGAAGCUCUUGAAUGGCAACGCAUUCCCACCCGUAGCCACCCCUCGGUCAUGA